AUGUUUUAUAUAUUUGCUUUCCCUUUUCUUUUGUUUUUUUUAUAUUUCCUUCCCUCUUUCUUCUGUUUUAUAUAUUGCCUCCCCCUUUUCUUCUCUUUUGUAUAUUUCCUUCGCCUUUUCUACUUUUUUGUAUAUUUGCUACUCCUUUUCAUCUGUUUUGUAUAUUUCCCACCCCUUUUCUUCUGUUUUCUGUAUUUGCUUCCCCCUUUUUACUGUUUUGUAUAUUUCCUACCCUUUUUUCUGUUUUUAUAUUUCCUAUCCAUUUUCGUCUGUUUUGUACAUUUCAUACCCCUUUUCUGUUUUGUAUAUUUCCUUCCCUUUUUCUUCUGUUUUGUAUACUUCCUACUCCUUUUCUUCUGUUUUGUAUAUUUCCUUCCCCUUUUAUUCUGUUUUAUAUAUUUCCUAUCGCUUUUUUAUGUUUUAUAUAUUUGCUUUCCCUUUUUUUUUUUUUUAAUUUCCUUCCCUCUUCCUUCUUUUUGUAUAUUUUCCCUUUUCUUCUGUUUUGUAUAUUUUUCGCCUUUUCUUCUGUUUUUCUUCGCCUUUUUUUUUUUUAUAUUUCCUUCGCCUUUUUUCUUCUUUUUGUAUAUUUGCUACUUCUUUUUUUCUGUUUUGUAUAUUUCCUUCCCCUUUUUCUGUUUUGCAUAUUUCCUUCCCCUUUUCUUCUGUUUUUAUAUUUCCUAUCCAUUUUCGUCUGUUUUGUACAUUUCAUACCCCUUUUCUGUUUUGUAUAUUUGCUUCCUCUUUUCUUCUGUUUUGUGUAUUUGCUUCCCCGUUUUGUUCAGUUUUGCAUAUCUCCUAUCAAUUUCCUCCUAUUUUGUAUAUUUCCUUCCCCUUUUCUUCUAUUUUGUAUAUUUCCUUCCUCUUCUCUUCUGUUUUCUGUAUUUGCUUCCCCUUUUUUUACUGUUUUGCAUAUUUCCUACCCUUUUUUCGGUUUUGCAUAUUUCCUUCCCCUUUUCUUUUUUUAUAUUUAUUUCCCCUUUUCUUCUGUUUUGUAUAUUUCCUUCCCCUUUUCUUGUCUCUUCUAUAUUUGCUUCCCUUUUCUUCUCUUUUGUAUAUUUCCUUCCCCUUUACUUCUGUUUCGUAUAUUUCCUUCUCCUUUUCGUCUGUUUUGUAUAUUUGCUUCCCCUUUUCUUCUCUUUUGUAUAUUUCUUACCCCUUUUCAUCUGUUUUGUAUAUUUAACCCUCUUUUCUUCUGCCUUGUAUAUUUCCCUCUCCUGUUAA